UGUUUGGUUUUAGCUUUGAAACUACUUUUUUUUUUCUUUCCAUUUUUGUUUUUUGGCAAACAAAAAUUAAUAAUCUUACCUGUUACCUAAUGUGUACUAUGAUCAUAACAACCCCUAAUAAAUCCAUUCCUAGGACAAAACAAAACAACAUAUAUAACAGAAAGAAGUAACAAUUUUACUCAACCAAUUUUGCAAGUUAUCACAAACAAUUACUCAAUCGGUGCGUUCAUUAUAUAGCUGUCAUCCACCACCAAUGCCGUUAUCUGCGGUUGAUCCAUCAAUGGAAGAGGAUGAUGAUGACGUGGAAUACGAAGAAAUUGAGGUUGAAGAAGAUGAAGAUGACGUGGAAUACGAAGAAAUCGAGGUUGAAGUCGAAGAAGAAAUUGAGGUUGAAGAAGAAGAAGAGGUAGAAGAGGAGGAGGAGGUAGAAGAGGAAGAAGGUGAAGGAUCGAUUCCGAUGAAUGUAGAUGAUCAACAAGAAGAGGUAGAAGAAGAGGUAGAAGAGGAGCAAGAAGAGGAGGAAGAGGAAGAGGAAGAAGUACAAGGCGAAGAGGAAGAAGGUGAUGGAUCAAUUCCAUUGAAUGUAGAUGAUCAAAUAGGUUUAAUUGUCUGUAUAUCUCUUUGCUUUGCUACUUUCUCAUAGAAGAGGAGGAGGAAG